AUGGCGUCCUGGUCCCGGCUGCCUGGUCCUUUGCAGCGGUUUCACGAGCGGGCUACUGCGUGCCAGGACCUCCUCACCAAGUCUCUGUCUGCUCGUUGCCCCUCUUCCCUGACCCAGAGGCGGGACAUCUCCUGGCUGAACCAGUGGUUCUCCAAAGCUCCAGCCAAGCCUGUGGUGGCCCAGAAAACACCCAUCAAGGUAGAGCUGGUUGCUGGGACCACAUAUAAGUGGUGUGUGUGUGGUCGGAGCAAAAAUCAGCCCUUCUGUGAUGGCUCUCACUUCUUCCAACGCACUGGCCUAUCCCCACUCAAGUUCAAGGUCCAGGAGACCCGAACAGUAGCACUCUGUACCUGUAAGGCCACUCAGAGACCCCCAUACUGUGACGGCACCCACAGGAGUGAGCAGAUACAGAAGGCAGAAGUGGGCUCCUCACUUUGA